AUGGACGAUGACUUGGCAGAAGGGGACGACGUUUUGAUUGAACAAGAGGAGCCAACGGAAGAAGAUGUUCUUAAAUACGCAGAAUUUUUAGGAAUUGAUCCACAAUUGGAGCCCGAAUUGUUGGACAUUGCAAGAGAGGGGAUAAAGGCACCACUUCCAGAUGGAUGGAGACCAUGUCAAAGCGAUGGUCAACUCUAUUACUUUAAUUUUCACACUGGAGAGUCGAUAUGGGAUCAUCCAUUGGACGCUUAUUACAAGCAAAAAGUAAAGGAAGAGAGAAUGAAGAAAACUGCCUCUAAAAAACCAAAAUCGAAAACAAAAAAGAAGCAAUUAGGAAAGCUGGAGCCGUUGAUGAGGCAAUCGGAAGGAGAUUUAUUGUCGAAAAAAAAGCUUAACGAUGAUUCUAGUUCAAUGUCGAGCGCUUCUUCACGAAACACGUCACCAAUGGAGCUUCAAAAACUUCAAGAGAAAAUAUCCCUGCUAGAACAGCAAUUGGAAUCUUCGACUAAGGAGAAACUUGAACUACAGAGAAAAAUUAACACGCUUCAUGUUGUUCAUGAACAGCUUGAGAAGGAAUUGGAAGAACAAAAAUCAAGAUUAGACGACGAAUUUUCAAAGAAGUUAGAGAAAUCGCUUGCUGAAAAAGAGGAGGAGCUUACAAACAAACACAAACUAAUAGUUCAAGAUAUGUUUAUCGAGAACAGAAAACAAAUUGCUCUUGCAAGACAAGAGGCAGAUGAGCUUUACGAAGAGAACAUGAAACUGAAAAAUAACAAGACAAUCCCAAAGGAGAGAAACACAAUGGAAUCUCAAACUGAUUUUGAAGAAAGUAUUAGAAUUAGCUCUUGUUCUGCUGCUGUACAGACAGUUCUAACUCCUGUUAGCACAUGCUCCACUAAGUCGGCAUGGGCACAAACUGACACUCCUCGAGUAAUAUCCAUAGAAUCACAAACUUUGAAAGUACAGUUGGUUUCAACAGGUUGCAAUGCUGGCCAUAGUGUGUCCCUCAAAGAUUCUACCACUCAAACAAAUGCACAAUACGCAGUGCAAAGAGAACACCCAACGACACAAUCCUUCGACCGAUUCACUCAAACCACACAAGUACAGACGCGAGAGAGUACUUCUCAAACUGUUGAACACAGCUCUUCCACAAAAGCUGAAAUGGGUACGCAGUGUGAACCUACAAAAGACAAGUCUCCAGAGAACAAGAGUAACAACACAGUUAAAACGCCUCUUAAACCUAUUCUUGUCAAACAUAAGAGUGGCGAUACUCCCAAGAUCGACAGUCCUCUCCUAAGUCCUAUUCCAAUGAAAGAAAAUACACCCCCUCAAAUUAACAAGAAACAUAGUUCAGAAUAUUAUAUCUAUAAGGAGAAGGUUGAAAAGAAAAUUUCUGAAGAAAAAACAAAACUUAAGAAGGUUAAGGAAUUUUGUGAACAAGAGAAAGAAACCAUUCGAUCUCGUCAAGCAGCUCUUGAACAAGCAAGACAAGAGUGGAAAUCCGAUGUUAUUAACUCGAGCACUAUCGAUGAUGGGUCACAACCAUACACAAGCAGAAUUUUGAAAAGCGUCAAACACCAUUUGGAAAAACAAGCCCAUAGUCUUAACAAUGAUGUGAAGCGAGUGAACGAGAUUCAAAACAUGAUCAAAUUGAGGAAACAAAAAAUCAAGUUAUUGGAGGACAGUAUUGUAGAACCCAACCAUUUCGAAAUUUCGUGUGAAAUUUUGGACUCACCUGCAAGCAUUUCAAGCACAAGUAGUAGCAGCUCAUCUCAGGAUUUUGGGAAAAAGACUAUUUCUACUGUGCUUAACAGGAUAGAAGAUGAAUUAGCACAAAUUCACAAGAAACUAGAAAUGCAAAAUAAGCAGUCUCUUGAAGCUGAAAAGGUCAAGCCAUUGAUCGAAAUUGAUGACAACAUAUCUCUAAAUGAGACAAGUUAUCAGUCCUCAAUAUUUCACAAAUGGACUUGUUAUUUCAAACAAACAGAAAAGAGAAGAAGACUGCUUCAACAAAAGAUCCAUGCAUUCCAACAUCAACUCGACAAGUGGAUUGCUGAGAGAGAUCACAAGAGAGACUUAUUUCUAAAGCAUGGACAUUGGUUGUUGACUCUGAAAGAAGAUUUGAGAUAG